ACCAUUUAGUCACCAGGUUUUGGUGACAUUGGCAGUAGAACAGCUCAUCCAACAUGAUGGCUGUCUUGGCUUCUUCAGGGGUGUGGUUUCUUGUUAUGCUGACUGGUACAAGCAAUGGCUACUCCACAAUGAAAGCUUUGGAUCCAUAUAGUGGUUAUGAUGUGGACUUCUCUGGUUCUGCUGGAGGAGUACCUCCUAGUGGACUUACAGAAGCAAGCCCUGGUUCUUCAUCUACAUAUCCAGUUAACCAACCUGCUCCAUAUGAACAACCUGAAUACAUUCAACCCAAUGCUCAGAUGAGACAAGCACCUGAUCAUCAUAACUAUAUGCAUACUGCACCUGUGUACUCGCAAUAUGAUGGUGGAUCAACACAGCUGAAACCUCAAGUUCCCCCAUUCCAAGAUAACUGGGCGGUACAACCACCAAGUCCUUUCCUUCAUAGAGCUCCAUUUCCUGAUGACCCAAGGUUUGCUUCCAAUCCUGAACCACCUGGUCCUCAUAUGAGCCCACCAGGCUCGUUUUAUCCUGUGCUUCAACCAGGGGACUUAACUUAUGAGGAGAGAACAUACGAACAUGGAGACCACGAUUCUGAAUCUGAAGAGAAAAUCCCUCCCCAGUACCUCCCAAUGGCUGUCCCAGCACUGAACACACUUCCUAUCGGAAGCCCUCUGGCAUUGCAUGCACUUUUGAAUAGAUUUCGGCUAGGUUAUCCUUUUGUGGAUUACAAUUUGGUGAGCAGGCGGCGGCGCCCAGGCAAAUACACCCUUUCCACUGAUAAUUUUGAGCAUGGGCAGAACCUGCGGCAUGAUUUUCUAGGUACACUUGAUGGCACCAGUACAUACUCGGACCCCUUUCGUGACCCCAGGAGCUCCAAGUAUUUCAGACGACCUGUACGACACAGAGUUGGAAGGACUGGCUAUGGUAUUGAUGGGGCAAUGGCUUUACCUGGUCCUACAGUGGAGCUGGUCUGAAAGUGUUAGGCUUGUGACCUAUGUGACAAGGUCAAGUAAACUUGACUAUAUCUGAACUUAUUGCUAUCUACAACUUUUUCUUGCCCCCACCCCCUUUUAUUUACAGUGCUACUUCAGAUUGUCUGACUGCUUUAAGUCUUUUCAAUAAAACUCAUUAAACAUU